AGCAGGGAAAUACACACUUUUUCUUUGUUGAUUUUGUUAAUUUUGCCGUCCCAUCGUCUCGUCUCUCAGGAAAACUAUGCUUCGCUUGACAGCGGGACGUUUAGGGGGUCUUUUGACUCGACGGGGAGUCGCUGCAUUCAGCUCCAGCAGCGUCAAGAUGGCCAGCCAUGGCCAUGGUGAUGUGAUAGAACAGGCAGAUAUGUCUCGACCAAUGUACAGUGACCGUCUGGACACUCCUCUGCCCGACAGACCUUACAAAGACAUCCUCAGUGCUGCAGACAAGAGCCUGAAGCAGAAGGAGAAAGGGCCCUGGAACAACCUCUCCAAUGAGGAGAAAAUUGCCUUGUAUAGGAUCAUGUUUAAUGAGACAUUUGCGGAGAUGAAGAAACCAACCGGUGAGUGGAAGACCGUGACGGCUGGGAUCUUAUUCUUCAUUGGUUUCACUGGCCUGGUUGUUCUCUGGCAAAGGCUCUAUGUGUAUCCUCCUCAACCUCAUACAUUUGGAGAUGAAUGGCAGGCCAAGCAGAUAAAGAGGAUGCUGGAUAUGAAGAUAAACCCUGUGCAGGGCUUCGCAGCCAAGUGGGACUAUGAAAAGGGCCAGUGGAAAUAAAGGGAAUGCAGCGUCACAUCCACACCUUGCCAAUUACUACAUUUUGCAUUAUUACACCGUCCCUUAUGUGAACGUUUGAGAUUUGUCCAAUGGGCAACAGUCAACUUUGAAGGAGUAGACUAGAAAAACAAUGUCCAUGUAACUUAAAGCACACUUUUCUUUUUAAUUGACUGUAGAAGUUGAACAAAUGACAUCUUGUUGUAUGUUUGUAUUAAUUCAAGAAUUAAAACAGACAUAAAAUAAGCAC